UGGUGACUGCUGUUCACAAAGCUGUUCCUAAAUUUUAAAUAUACUUUGUUUUAUCGCUUAUAAACAAGGAGGAAUUUUAAAAUGGAUGAUUUGGGGAUAUUUUAUGAAGAAGCAAGCAAAGUACUUAUCUUUCUGUUCAAUAAAGUUGUGAAUAUCUGUGAACAUUUUAUACAUGUGUUAGGCUUACAUGAACACUUCCAUUCAGCAGCAAAAUCACUUCAUCAUUACCCAACGACAACAUUGCUUAUUGUUUCUCAUUUUUUAAUUUCUAUCUUGAAGAUCAGAUCUUCUCAAGGUUGUAAUUUUGCACGUUCGAAUCCAUUUGCUAGCGUUUUAUCAUCAGUGUUGCUUUGUUUUGCUGGAUCAACUUUACAAAGUCUUCUCUUGGGAAUGCCAUUGGUAAAACCAUAUGAAAAUACACAUUUAAUUGUGGUCCUAAUUUUAAUUUGGUAUUUAAUGUAUUUUUGUCCAAUGGAUCUUUUUGCAAGACUAAUAGCAUUUCUACCUGUGCGGGUUGGAUUGACAGCUUUGAAAGAAGUAUAUAGAACAAAAUGUAUCCUUGCUGGACUACAACUUGCUUAUUCUCAAUACCCCAAUGCUUGGUUUAUUAUUGUUGUAUCUGGCUCCAUUCGAGGUUGUGCUGGUUUGGUUUUGAAACCUUUUAUUCAUCAGAUUGUUGGACUCGGCACUUCUCAUGUUGAAUUUCACAGGCCAACUUUCACAACAAAAAUGUCAAUACUGAUAAGUUGGAUAUUUGCAAUGCAAGUAAAAGGAGUUCUCGACACGAAUCUUUCUUCUUUGUCUUUAGUAUUUACUGUUUUUAUGAUUUUGUUCCAACUUUUGCUCAUGUUCACUGAUAUAACUAACCCUUUCCGCAAAAUGGAAGAUUUUCUUGCUGCAAUAUUUCUACCGAACCGUCGUCAUCAAGCUGAAACAUUAACCCCAUCCAACAAAGAGAAAAAGACCAAAUCCGAUUAAUGGCAUGAAACAAUUAGUUGUAGAAUUCGUACAUAUGCAUAACUUAGUUUGGUUUGACAGCGAUUCAAUGGUCGAUAUCAUCAAUUGAAUAAUUAUGUCUUGUUUUUCAUCUAACACAUAUCGUUAUCUUGCAAGAUGACUAUGUUUACCGGAGUGUUUCAUCCCUCUUGAAUCGUCAGAAUAUGGAAUUUUGAAUGAUGAAACUUAACUAUUGAUUUAACAUGUUAUGUGUAUUCCA